CCUUAAAGGAGUCUGACAGCUAGAUGUGUGAGAGUUGAAUUUUUUUUUUUUUUUUACAUCGGGGGAGUUGAAAUUUCUAUCUUUUAAGUCACCAAGGUUGUGGUAGUUUGUUAUAAUAGCCAAUGGAAAUGAAGCAACCAUAAUGAUUAAUGAGCAAAGAGACAAUCAAAAGCGGACAGAAGGUGGCGCCAAGCGACAAACUCCUGCCUAGCGCUGUCUGGACCAGGUGGACUGGAAAGGGGCGGAGGUACCCAGAAGAGGCCAGUGGUGGCCGCCCCCCGGCUCCCCACCCCCUUGCCACGGCCCCAGCGACGGGAGUGGGAGGAGAGAGCGAGCGGCUGGGCCGGCUGGAUUUUGAGCUCUCUCACCUCAGCCUUCGUCUCUGUGAAGCUCGGCUGCUCCCACCGCAUUCGGCCCCCAGUCGGCCACCAUGGAGACGCAGGCACAAGGUUUGUUGGAGAGUGAACCAUUGCAAGGAGUAGAUGACGACUCUGUAGCCAGCGCGGACUUCUCUAGCAUGCUCUCUGAGGAGGAAAAAGAAGAGUUAAAGGCAGAAUUAGUUCAGCUGGAAGACGAAAUUACAACUUUACGACAAGUUUUAUCAGCAAAAGAAAGGCAUCUGGUUGAGAUCAAACAAAAACUCGGCAUGAAUUUGAUGAAUGAAUUAAAACAGAACUUCAGCAAAAGCUGGCAUGAUAUGCAGACUACUACUGCCUAUAAGAAAACACAUGAAACUCUGAGUCAUGCCGGGCAGAAAGCAACUGCAGCUUUCAGCAACGUUGGAACAGCCAUCAGCAAGAAGUUUGGAGAUAUGAGGUCUCACUCCAUUGGCUACUCCAUUCGUCAUUCCAUAAGUAUGCCUGCUAUGAGGAAUUCUCCUACUUUCAAAUCUUUUGAGGAGAGGGUUGAGACAACAGUAACAAGUCUUAAGACGAAAGUAGGCGGGACAAGCCAUGGUGGAGGGAGCUUUGAAGAGGUGCUCAGUUCUACUGCACACGCCAGUGCGCAAAGCUCCUCUGGAGGUCCCAGGCGCCCCGAGGAGGAGUUGCAGUGCUAAUCUGACUGCUGCCACCGCCUCCCACAUUGCCUCCCACAUCCCUUCUUCUCCGCACCACCCAGAUGUAAAGACCAAACCCGCACCGGGAAAAUCGCAAACCUUGACCUUGAUCUUCCAUUGAACUCUCCACACAAUUUAAUAAAAUAAUUCCCAUUUGUACUUGUGUUGAUAAUGGACCGCUGGACCCUCACACCUUCAGUAUUUUUAAAAGAUUAAAGUCAACUUUUACAGUGUCUCCAUUGACUAGGUAAACAAUGAAUCGUCUGUUUGCUUUUGUGUAAUUUCAAAGUAUACUUGCCAGACGUGGAGCUAUUGAAUGUUUGUUUAGAAUUUUGCGUGGGCUCCUUCGCCUUGUGCAUGUUUUUGAACGCCGUGUGAAGAACAUCCCUAUUCAGUUCAUUCCUGGCUACUGGACUGAGUCCUUUCUGAUCAGCUCUAGUAACAGGAAGACACUUCAAUCUUCAAAUUCCUUAUGACCUCCCUAGCAGACACCAACUAUGUGUAUUUAUUCAGGUAAUUAAAGUAGUUGAUUUUACUAA